AAAACGGUUCGUCAUGCCAUUGAAACGGCUUGCCGUUUUAGAGCGACUUGACUUCUAAAACGGUAUGUCGUUUUGACGCGAUUAAUUCAUUAUAUGCAGCCGCUGUUGCUCAUGCGAGAGCCACCGCCAGCAUCCAGCAGUCUGAAUCAGAAAGGCUUUAGGUUUGUGUUAGAUGGAAGAAGUUUCCAAGUUACCAUUGCCAGAAGCUUUCCUCGAUUUCCUCCAAGCAAAUGGGCUUGACGCUUCUAUCUAUAUUGCUAGCGAUACCCCUCGCUAUAUAAGGUUGAAGCCUGGGAGCGAAGGUGACCUUCGAGAGAUUGAGGCAGAGAUAAACUGUAAUCUUGAGAGAGUUGCUUGGUUACCUGGUUUUUUUUCUCUUCCGCCUCACCUUCAGAUUGCUAAUUCAAAGGCAUACAAGGAAGGGAAGAUUUAUGGAAUUGAUGCGGCUUCUGGGGCUGCUGUUUUAGCCCUGAAUAUCUCAGGAGGAGAUAAUGUUCUUGAUCUCUGCGCUGCUCCUGGUGCUAAACUUUGCAUGAUAGCGGACCUUCUUGGUGAUUCAGGAUCUGUAACUGGGGUUGAUAUUGCGAGGCAUCGCCUAGCUGCUUGUAGAACAAUGCUGCAGAAAUAUGCACUUGGCGAUAGAUGCAGACUGUUUGUUGCUGAUGGAACAACAUUUUCCCUUGGUCCUGUGAGAAAGUUUUCACAUUCUAGGUCAUGUGAAUCUGCAUGUAAGGAAGACACAUUCACGGAGUGGACUUCAAGGAGACCAUGGAAAGAAAGGAAAAAAGCAAGGAAAGCAAGGAAACCAGCUGCUUCAGCAUUGAUUGCAGAAAGUGAUAGUCCGGAACUAAUUUUUUAUGGGCGGGAUUCUGGAGUACUUGGGACUAGCAAAAGUGAAUUAUAUCAAAUUGUGUGUAGGAGUGAAGUUUUGAGCCGUGGCUAUGAUAAGGUUCUUGUAGAUGCAGAAUGCACUCAUGAUGGGUCAAUUAGACAUAUUCAAAAAUAUGAGCAUUGGGGAUGGGAAACCCUCCAUCAACGUGUAUUGAAUGCGGAGAGAACUGAUAAUUUGACCAACCUUCAGAUCAAACUUCUAACAAAUGGUUUUAAGCUGCUAAGACUUGGUGGUUUGCUUGUGUACAGCACUUGCAGUUUAACAGUUUCUCAGAAUGAAGACGUGGUAGAAAGAUUUCUCAAGGAAAAUGCUUCUGCUGAGUUGCAGGAGAUAGAUGCUGCCAAAGAUUGGCCAUGUAAAAGUGGGCGGAUACCCAAGACCUUGCGCUUUGAUCCGGUAACUUCACAAACCAGUGGACUUUUUGUUGCAAAGUUCACAAAACUGGCCAUUUAAUCGAGAAACUUGUCAAAGCAUUUGGCUUGGUAGAUGGGAAUGAAUUGGUUGGUGUGAUAGGCUAUCGUAGAACAAAAUGCUGCGGGUAUUGAAAUUGGUCUCAUGCUGUGGGGUUAAUGCGUCAUCGUUCAGGAGCGAGGAACCAUCAAAGCAUCACUCUCUGAAGAACCCACUCGAAUUUAGACUACAGUUCCAAGGCAAAGAAUGUCGAAUUUUGAUUGAUUGAUUUAUGUAGGGUUAGGAGAUGCUGAUUUUAGGAUUGAACAAGCUAAUUAGUCUUGUGUCGCACGCUAUUUUAUCUCUAUUCUUAUCAUUCAUAAAAAAAUUGCUUUAACGCA